GUGCUGGACGACACGCUGCGCGAGAACCAAGGCAACGGGGCUGCGGGCGACGCGGCCGCGGCGGCCGGCGGCCACCUGGGCGCGGCCGGCAUCGGCGCCGCGGGCUCGACGCGCGCGGCGGCGGCUGCGAUGGCGCUGCGGCAGAGCCGCGACGCGAUGGCGAUGGCGGAUGUCUGGGGGCGCGGCGCGGAGCCGGCCGCGCCGGGCGCGCUCGGCGGGGGUAGUGCGAGCGGCGGCGGCAUACUCUCCGCGUCGGGCGGCGGGGCUGGGGCCGGGGGCAUGAAGGACCAGCGAGGGCUGUACGGCACAUCCGCGGCUUACAGCUGA